AUGGAGAUCGCCACUCCUCCGACAUCGAAAUGUAUUAUAUACUGGAAAAGAAAAGUCAAGUCUGAAUAUAUGCGUCUCCGGCAGCUCAAGAGGUUUCAGGCAAACAUGGGAGCUAAGGCUCUGUUUGUGGCCAACUUUACAAAGGUUCAUGAAAAGACUCAAAUUUUGAAUGAGGACUGGAAGAAGCUUCGAGUCCAGCCCGUGCAGCUGAUGAAGCCAGUCAGCGGGCACCCGUUCCUGAAGCAGUGCACUGUCGAGAGCAUUUUCCCGGGUUUCCCAAGCCAGACGCUGUACAUGAGGACCCUGAACACAGUGGCGCUGGUGCCCAUUAUGUAUUCCUGGUCCCCUCUCCAGCAGAACUUCAUGGUGGAGGAUGAAACUGUUCUGUGCAAUAUCCCUUACAUGGGAGAUGAGGUGAAGGAAGAAGAUGAAACUUUCAUUGAAGAACUUAUUAAUAACUAUGAUGGGAAAGUUCACGGAGAGGAAGAAAUGAUUUCAGGGUCAGUCCUCAUCAGCGACGCUGUGUUCCUGGAGCUGGUGAACGCCCUGAACCAAUACUCGGAUGAGGAAGAGGAAGGACACAAUGAUUCUGAGGGUAAACAGGAGGAUGGGAAAGAGGAGCUGCCAGUCACAAGGAAAAGAAAGCGAAUUGCAGUGGAAGGAAACAAGAAGUGUUCGAAGAAGCGCUUUCCAAAUGACAUGAUAUUCACGGCUAUUUCUUCUAUGUUUCCCGAGUACGGCUUCCCCGAUGACAUGAAAGAGAGGUACCGGGAGCUCACGGAGGUGUCGGACCCGAACGUGCUGCCGCCGCAGUGCACCCCCAACAUCGACGGGCCCUGCGCGAAGUCGGUGCAGCGGGAGCAGUCCCUGCACUCCUUCCACACCCUCUUCUGCCGCCGCUGCUUCAAAUACGACUGCUUUCUGCAUCCUUUUCAUGCUACUCCUAAUGUGUACAAACGAAAGAAUAGAGAGACCAAGAUCGAGCCAGACCCUUGCGGAGCAGACUGUUUCCUCUGGCUGGAGGGGGCCAAGGAGUUUGCUGCGCUGCACAACCCCCGGUCCAAGUGCUCCGGCC